CGUACCACCACUAACAUCCGGUUUAUAAAAUUUAGUUAAGUCUUUCUUAUUAAUUUCGAGUUCCAAAAUAGAGGGGAACUAGCUUUCAGAGUUGAGAAAAGAGAACGUUUUAUAGUGUUUAAGGAUUAAAGGAGGUCAAGAUUUAACCAUGGGGUCUAUCAUGGGAAAAGCUAUGGAUGAGAACUUGAAGAAAAAUCAGGAAUUUAUGAAGCAAAUGAACCAAAUUGUCUUAGAAAGACAGAUUCAGAUGCAGAAUCAGAUGAGAGAAAAACAAAUGGCCAUGAUGGUAGCUCGAUCAAGGGACCUCUUCCAGUGGUUUGGUGCUUUUUAUGCCACCUAUGCAUUUGCAGCAAUUGCAGCGAAUAUGAAAUCCAAAGGGAAGAACAAAGCUAUGGUAGCUCCACUAUUGCCUCUCACAUUUAUCCUAGGAUAUCAGUAUGACCUUGCGUAUGGAGAAAAAAUGGAAAGGAUGAGAAAGGAAGCUGACCGGGUCCUUGACAACGAGUCCUACCUGCUGAACAUGCCUCACGGUCUCCCAUCAUUUGAGACCAUCGAGGCUGGAAGACAAAAGGCCAAGCUGGAUAGCAUACUAAAUAAACAUACUUCAGGUAGGGAUUCUUGUAAAGCUCAAGUGCACGGAUAUGGUGGAGCACGUUACAAGAAGUUUAACUCACCAGAGGAGGCCCAAGCCUUUGUCAAUGGACAAGACAGUGGGGGCUUCUCAAAUUAUACAAGUGGUGGCCAGUCAAGUUACAAGUAUUCAUGGGAUUCAGCGCAGAGUUAUAGCUCAUGCUACAGUAAUGAAACUCCUCAACAUAGCAGUCAUUACUCAUACCAACAUCAGAAGAAAUACACUUCAGGGCACCGCAGUAGUCCUUAUACCUGUAGCAGUCGGCAGUAUUCAAGCUCUUCAACAUCAAGUGGUUCCACUUACAAAGGCUUUGAGGAGGAUCAUGUUUACACAGAUGGAUGUUGUCGUAAUAAUGGACGAGAUAAUCCUGUGGCUGGUGUAGGAGUUUACUGGGGCCCUGAUCACCCAAGCAAUGUAAGUGAGAGGUUACCUGGAAGAGCUACCAACAACAGAGCAGAAAUACAUGCAGCAAGAAUUGCUGUGAAACAAGCCAAAGAAAAGGGAAUGGGAAGUGUUACAGUUGUGACAGAUAGCCAAUUUCUUAUCAAUGGAAUAACAAGUUGGAUUCACAAAUGGAAGAAAAAUGGCUGGACAUUAUCGGACAACACGAAAGUCAAAAAUGAGGAGGACUGGAAAUCGUUAGAUUCUGAGAUGCAGGGCAUCGACGUCAAAUUUAAACAUGUCCCUGGUCAUAGAGGAGUGGAUGGGAAUGAGGCUGCAGACAGGCUGGCCAAUGAAGGAGCCAUGAAAAUUAUGCAAAAGAAGUCAUGGUUCAACUGAACUGAACUUACCAUUCUGUGUUCAUGUACUUUGACUUUUGAAUAAGCAGGUACCUGGUGCUUUCAGCAAGUUCACAUAUUAUGCUCCAUGAGUUCAUGCAUUGUGAGAUUGAGCAGAUUAUGAACCUUCAAUAUGUGAUCUUUGAUAAAAAAAACUUGCAUUGUGGGAUUGAGCAGGUCAUGAACUUCAAUAUGUGAUCUCUGGUCAGAAACAUGUUAUAAAUGAUUUGAGCGACUUGUAGAAUAUCUUAGUAUUUGUUUGGAAAAAGUAUUUUGAAUAAAUGCUUGGGAAACCACAUACAGUGAUUUCUCGGUUUUUUUUUUA